AUGCUAGGUAAUAUAUCUUCCACUGUGAUCGCUAGGCAGGCACUUGUUCGCAGAGGAGCACACCGGCACGUUUUGAGACUUACUCGGUUUGCUGCGCUGCCGCCAAAGAGCCAGUAUAGUGCAUUGCUGUUUCAAUAUCGAUUCAACUCAACAAGCCCGCCUUCAAAAACAACCGACGAUAGGAAGAAGGUCUCCGGGAGUAAACCUGACAACGUUGCCACUCCUAUUGCGAAUCCCAAACCCACUGCUGCCAAAGUUCCGUUGAUGGCCAAAAUAAAGAAAGUUGCUGCUCAUUACUGGGAUGGUACAAAACUGCUAGGAUUUGAGGUGAAGACGUCGUUUAGAUUGUUGAUCAAGAUGCUUGCAGGCCACAGUCUAACACGUAGAGAAAUGUUGCAGCUUAAGAGGACCACAUCCGAUGUGAUUAGAUUAGUCCCGUUUGCUGCGUUUAUCUUGGUCCCCUUUGCUGAACUGCUACUGCCUGUUGCAUUGAAAUUGUUCCCCAACCUGCUUCCUUCCACCUACGAAUCGAAGAAGGAUAAAGAGUCUAAACUGGAGAACUUGAGAAAGACCAGAGAAGUUGUUGUUGGUAUUAUGAAGGAGCGGAAGUCGCAUUUUAAGCCUGGUAAUAUCACCGAUGAGCAGAAAAGACUAUUCAACGAUUUCUAUAAGCAUGUCAAAGAGACUGGGGAACCCGGUUCCCGGAAACAGCUGAUCGAGGUAGCCCGGUUGUACACGGACGACACUAUCCUGGACAACUUAACGAGGCCAUACUUGGUGGCUCUUGCCAAAUAUAUGAACAUUCAAUCCUUCGGUACAGAUGUCAUGCUUCGUUAUCGUAUCAGGUACAGAAUGUUGGAGCUGAAGAAGGACGAUAUAUCGAUUUACUACGAAGAUGCAGAACAGCUAGACUCCAGCGAACUGCGCAGUGCAUGUGCCUCGAGGGGUAUCCGUAUAAAGGACACUUCCGACGCCGCGCUGAAGGAGAACCUAAGAAUCUGGCUACAAAUGAGGUUGAAGGACAAAAUUCCAUCCACCCUUCUAAUCAUGGCGACCUCUUACAACUACGGAGCUGUAACUUCGAAGAAAUCGCUUUAUGAUUCGCUGACCGAUGUUCUCUCCGCACUUCCAGACGAAUUGUACCACGAAGUUAAAGUGAACGUUGUUAAGGAGAAGGAUGCCUCCCCAAAGCAAAAACUCGAACAAUUCAAAGAGCAAGAAGAGAUCAUGAAGGAGGAAGAGGAGCAAGAGGAGUCUGCGAAGGUGAGGGUCAAGGACCAGUUGUCGCUGGACGAACUGGACAAACAGAACGAGCGUGCAUCAGAGGCCGCUGCGAAAUCUGCACAAAAGGGCAAGCAACAAUAA